GGUGUCUUAAACUGACCCAUCGCUUUACGUCUAUGAGACUGUGAGGUUUGGAAAGCAGUUAGUGAAGUUUAUUAGUAUUUUUCCACAUUAAAUCAGAGAUUUACUUAUUACCGCAAUGGUUUCUCUAAACUCAGUCAGAGUCCUCAAGCAUGAAGCGGAAGAGGAAAAGGCAGAAAUAGCACGUCUCAGUAGUUUUGUAGGGGCCAUUGCGAUAGGGGAUCUGGUAAAAAGUACUCUCGGUCCUAAAGGCAUGGACAAAAUCCUAGUUUCCAGCGGCAGAAACGCGGGAUCUGUGGAAGUUACCAAUGACGGGGCAACUAUUUUAAAAUCAGUCGGCGUGGAUAACCCCGCUGCCAAGGUAUUGGUUGACAUGUCGAAAGUACAAGAUGAUGAAGUAGGUGAUGGAACAACUUCUGUAACAGUAUUGGCAUCUGAAUUACUGAAGGAAGCAGAAAAACUCAUAGAUCAAAAGCUGCACCCUCAGAUUAUCAUCGCGGGAUGGCGUAAAGCAGUUGAUAUUGCCAGAAAAGCGCUCACUGAUACGUCAAGGGAUAACAGCUCGAAUUCUGAAAAGUUCAGAGAAGAUUUAAUGAAUAUUGCUCGAACUACUUUAAGUUCAAAAAUUUUAUCUCAGCACAAAGAGCAUUUCUCAAAAUUGGCUGUCGACGCGGUGUUGAGGCUUAAAGGUUCAGGAAAUUUACAGGCAAUUCAAAUAAUUAAAAAAUCAGGUGGGACACUUGAGGAGUCCUUUUUAGAAGAAGGAUUUCUGCUGGAUAAAAAACCGGGGGUACAUCAGCCCAAAAGAGUGGAAAAUGCCAAAAUACUUAUUGCAAACACCCCUAUGGACACAGACAAAAUAAAAGUUUUUGGAUCAACCAUCAAGGUUGAUUCGAUGGCGAAAAUAGCAGAGUUGGAAUCAGCAGAGAAGGAAAAGAUGAAAGACAAAGUGACAAAAAUCCUCAAGCACAACUGCAAUGUAUUCAUCAAUCGUCAGCUCAUUUACAAUUACCCAGAACAAUUGUUCGCUGAUGCUGGGGUUAUGGCGAUAGAACACGCGGACUUUGAUGGUAUCGAAAGACUAGCGCUCGUAACGGGAGGUGAAAUAGUGUCCACUUUUGAUAAUCCAGAAGCUGUCAAAUUGGGCACAUGUGAUCUGAUAGAGCAGAUCAUGAUUGGGGAGGAUAUUCUGUUGAGAUUCAGCGGCGUGGCGCUCGGAGAGGCAUGUACCAUAGUUAUCCGCGGGGCCACCCAGCAGAUCAUCGAGGAGGCGGAUCGUUCCUUGCACGACGCCCUCUGCGUCCUUACCGCCACCGUUAAAGAAAGCCGCGUGGUGUACGGGGGCGGUUGUAGUGAGACCCUGAUGGCGGUGGCGGUCAGUAAGGCGGCGCUCGACACGCCCGGGAAAGAGGCGGUCGCUAUGGAGGCUUUCGCCAGGUCUCUGCUACAGUUGCCCACCAUUAUAGCGGACAAUGCUGGAUAUGAUUCGGCGCAGUUGGUCACUGAGCUGAGAGCUGCCCAUAACAAUAAUAAAUCGACCAUGGGGUUGAACAUGGAAAAAGGCGAGAUCGGUGACAUGCAGGAGUUGGGAAUCACCGAGUCUUUCGCGGUGAAGCGGCAGGUGCUGAUAUCGGCCACAGAGGCGGCGGAAAUGAUCCUGAGAGUGGACGACAUUAUCAAAGCAGCGCCCCGGAAACGGGUCGAGGAUAGGGGCCAUUGCUAGUUUUUUUUUUCUCGUAUUUCGGUAUUUACGCUUGUCGAUAACAUUUUAGUUUAUUGGUAUUUUUAUAGCCUGUUCACUUUAAUUCAUUUGAUCCUUAAUGUAGUUUUUCUAACUAUCAGCAGGUUACUUUUAACCGUCAAAUUAAUAAAAAAGUAUAUGCUCUUAUAA